AUGCUCCUCCUCUUCGUCACGGCCUCACCGGCCCUGCGAGCUGUGCCGACCAGGGCCGUUCCCGCCGCCGCCGCCGUCGCGCGCGCCUCACGCCGCCGCGCGUGCCUCGUCUGUGCCGCGGCUCCCGGCGGCGAGAGGCAGCAGCGUCAGCGUCCAAAGGCCAAGCAGAGCCUCGGGCAGAACUUUCUGGUGGACGACGCCCUCGCCGAGCGGAUGGCGGCGUCGCUCCGCCGCGGCGAUGGCGACGGCGACGGGCGAAGGGUGGUCGAGCUCGGUCCGGGGCAGGGCGCGCUGACGGCGCUAUUGCUGCAGUCUCACCCAGAGAUGCUCGCCGUGGAGAUUGAUCAGCGGAUGGUGGAGAUCCUCCGCGCCGACCUGCCCGCGCUCGAGCUGCGACACGCCGACCUGCUCGGGCUCGACCUGGCGGCUCUCGCGGCGGAGAGGGGAGGGCCCCUCUCGGUGCUGACCAACACCCCCUUCUACCUGACGAGCCAGCUCCUCUUCAAGCUGCUCGGCUCGCUCGAGCAGAUCGACGAGGUCGUCCUCUCCAUGCAGGCC